AUAACGUCCUUAUUUAUCUGAUAUAGUUGAUAUCAAUUUUCACCAGUUUCCAUGUGUAAAUCUGACAUGUGCUAACACUACUCUCUCAGAUAAUACGGAGCAGAUAAGGAUCACAACCAGAAAUGGCGGACAGAAAGUCGGAGCGUCAGGUGGGGAUCAUAGGAAGUGGUUUAAUAGGACAUAGCUUUGCUAUGCUUUAUGCAGCAGCUGGAUAUCGAGUGCGCAUGUACGAUAUAAAACCGGAACAGGUCCAGCACGCUUUAUCCAUCAUUGACGACCAACUUGAGCAUCUAGCUGAAAAUGGAUUAUUGCGAGGAAAAUUGACAAUAAAGGAGCAAAGGUCACUAAUCACAGGAACGAACGACUUUACCGAGUGUGUCAAGGACGCCUUCUUUAUACAAGAAUGUGUGAACGAGAGGCUGGAGUUGAAGCGGGAGGUCCAUGCUAAGAUCGAUCCCAUAUGUAGAAAGGACGCCAUUAUCUCAAGCUCCGCUAGUGCUUUGGUUCCGUCUCUCAUUUCUGAGGGUCUCUCCAACAAAAACAGAUUCAUCGUCUGUCAUCCGACAAAUCCCCCAUUCUACGCCCCAUUAGUGGAGGUGAUUCCGGCCCCGUGGACAGACCCAGAGGUCGUAGUCACGACAAAGGAACUGAUGACAGAGAUUGGACAGGUGCCCGUUCUGGUGAAGAAGGAGAUUGACGGCUUUGUCCUCAAUAGGAUUCAGUACGCAAUCAUUGGGGAAUGCUGGAGACUAUAUGAGGAAGGAGUAAUGAGCGCGGAGGACAUUGAUAAGGUGAUGUCGGAGGGACUCGGACGGAGGUACGCCUUCAUGGGUCCCCUGGAAACAGCCUUCCUCAACGCCGACGGCAUGCACAGCUAUGGGGAUCGGUACCGCGACAUGAUAUACAGAGUUCAAAGCUCGUUUGGUCCCCCGAAGAAAAUGGAGGGACCCACUCUGGAAAAAAUACACAACGAAAUCGCAGCCAGAAUCCCGCUGGAUAAACUUCACGAGAGACGAAAAUGGCGGGACAUUCGUCUUGCAUCACUCCAGAAGUUAAAGAACGAACUAGACGAAUCUCAUUCAUAAACAUUGCUUUAACUAGAAAUAUGUUUCUCUUCAAGUUGAUGUUUUAAUGUUUUUCUAGAGAUUGGUGAAGAAAAGAAAACUUCUAACAAAAACUUUUUGUAAAGUUUUUGUCAUACUAUUAUUUGAAUUUAUAUUUUGUUAAUAGCAAAGUGUAACAAACAAUUUUAAAUAUAGAGAACAGUACCAACAUUUUUUUAAAAGUCAUCGAUAUCCCUUCGUUUUAUUCUGGAAAGGAAGUAGAAUAUCUAUUACACUAAUGCACCAGACCCACUUACUGUAAAAUCACAUAUUUUUGUGGGGUAAAAAUUUCGUGGUUUGAGUAAAAUCUCUUGGUUCGUGGGGAAUUGAAUUCAUGUAUGAAGAAUUGUUGAAUAGUUAUGUAUAUAACAUUUUACAUUUCGUGGUUGACAUGAAUUCGUGGGUCUCUUCAUACUUCGAAAACAACGAAAAUUAAACCCCAACGAAAUUUUGUGAUUUCAUUGUAUAUUUGAUUUGAAAUAAACAAUGAUAGAAUUUGUGGUUUGAUUUUACCUGUGGAAUAAGAUAUAAACAUUUAAUGAAUAUGGCAAAUGGACAAUAAAACCUUUUUACUUUGAA